AUGGCAGUGACCUCCACUGUGGCUGUGACCACCACCAUGACUGUCCACUGUGCUGUGACCUCCACUGUGGCUGUGACCUCCACUGUGGCUGUUACCACCACCAUGACUGUGACCUCCACCGUGUAUGUGACCUCCACUGUGGCUGUGACCUCCACCGUGGCUGUAACCUCCACUGAGGCAGUGACCUCCACCAUAGCUGUGACUUUCACCGGGGCUGUGACCUCCACUAUGACAGUGACCUCCACUGUGGCUGUUAUCUCAACUGUGGCUGUGACCUCCACCGUGGCUGUGACCUCCACUGUGGCUAUGACCUCCACUGUGGUUGUGACCUCUACUGUAUCUGUGACCUCCAUUGUGUCUGUGACCUCUACUAUGGCUGUGACCUCCACUUUGGCUGUGACCUCCACCGUGGUUGUGACCUCCACUAUGGUUUGUGACCUCUACUGUGGUUUGUGA